GUAUUCCGUCGUGCAUUUUCAAAUAUUAACUGUUGCAAACAUGAACUAUACGAAUUGUAUGGGUGUUUACGGAUUUUAUAAUCUGGCUUCUGCGGAACAACCGAAUUCAGGACUCGCUUUAUAUGAUGUAUCAUAUGUAAAUUCGCUAAUAGCUGAGCUGGCGACAGAAAGGCGCACAGUACAAAGCUUGCAAACGCAACUGCAAGAGUUAAGCAUUUAUUAUUUGGAAGAGGAUAAAAAGUCGCGCGUAUAUAAGAUAAAAGCCAAUCGGGUAAAACUAUAUUUGGAUAAACAAAUCAUGCAACUAAGCCAAAAUUUGAAAACGCUACAAGCUCAAUAUGCUGUUGCUAUGAAGGAGCUGGAAGACGAGAAAACUAAAAAUGAUGAAAGCAAAAAGGAGAAAAGUGUUUUGCUGAUUUCACUGGAAACGCUGAUAGCGGACAAUAAUGCGUCUAAAAUAAUAAUCAGCGAAAAUGAAACUGAAAUAACUUUGUUUAAACAAAAGAUCGAUGAGCUGCAGCACAAAUUAAAUAGAAUCCAAUUAAUUUCGCCAUAUGUGAUUAUCGACAUGUUAAUGAAAGGCAACGAAGCACGCGAUGCGAUUAUAAGGAAGCUCAUGCGUAAGUCGCGCUCUUCGAGUUCGAGCAGCUCCGAUGUUUCUUCAGACGCUUCGAACUUAAGCCUGGAGACACUAGCACCAACACCCCCUCUGCGUCGUUACGGAUACAGAGCAGUGAAUGCGCUAUCCGAACUGGGCGCUGAGAAUAUCAUGGGUCCUUGGUUAUGUUUGGUGUGUGGUAGAAAUAACACUCCCAUUGAAUUUUCAACAUAUCCCAAAUACCGCAGUCACCUGGUCGAGGUGCACCAGGAACAGAUAGAUGAAGCUUUAUGUGAGCACUGUGGCUGGCGUUCAGAGGAUCUUCAGGAACUUUAUGUGCAUAUACUUAAAGAGCAUUAAGUUCAAGUUCUCUAGAAUCAUACUGCUCAUUGAAGCAUUAAGAUCUUUAUACUGAUCUCCAAAGAAUUACCUUACUUCCUUUUUUGUUUAAAUUGCUUUUUGUAAUUGGCACAAUAAUUG